AUGUCUCAUACUUUCGAGCCCAAUGUCGCCGCUGUCCUCCCCGUCAAACAAGGUCAACUAACCAUCCAACAACGUCCUGUCCCAACCCCCAAGGAAGGCGAACUACUAAUACGCAACGCAGUCGUCGCUGCAAACCCCUCAGACUGGAAAAUCCAAGCCCUAGGCCUGUCUAGCAACUUCCCAGCCGUACUUGGCAGUGAUCUCAGCGGCAUCGUCAUAUCCAUAGGACCAGGUGUAACACGCUUCAAACCCGGCGAUCGCGUCAUCGGCUUUGCCCUAGGUGUUAUAAGCGAAAACAUCGACAAGGCAGCGUUUCAGAGCUAUACUCUUCUCGAUGAGGUGGCCACGACUCACUUACCCGACAACAUCAGCUUUGAGGAGGGUUCUGUACUUCCCGUUGGUAUGCUCACUGCGGCUAUCGCGCUGUUCGACGGCCUCGGACUGCCAAUGCGCGAGAGGAUUGUUGAUGAGGAUGGAGCUAUUCUGGUGUGGAGUGGUGCUUCGGCCGUUGGUGUUUCGGCAGUGCAGAUAGCACACGCGCUGGGAUGGACGGUCUACGCAACGGCAAGUCCAAAGCAUGACGAAUGGCUCAAGACAUUAGGUGCAGCAGAGGCAUGGGACUAUCGUGACCCACAAGUCGCGCAGAAGAUAGCUGAAGCCUUGAAAGCUUCCGGAACAAAGAUCCGCGGCGUAAUUGAUGCCAGAGCUGAAGGCAGCUCCUUUGAUUCGGUUGCGGAGAUACUCAACGCAGCUGAUCUAACACCAGGAUGCAAAGUUAGUGCGCUGAUGCCGUGGCCGGAAGAAACGUUGCUGCCAGCUGGGAUUGAAGGACACCAUACCAACUGCGUGGGGUUCACAGACAACUAUCCAGACAUCGCAACCUGGGUUUUCGGCGGCUGGUUGUCCAAGGCACUCAAAGACGGGAGGAUCAAGCCUGCGCCGAGGGUUCGUGUUAUCGAAGGCGGAUUGGAAGCGACACAGGAGAUGCUGAAUCUUCUCAGAGCUGGGGCAAGCGGUGAGAAGUUUGUCUUGAAAGUUUAG